UAGUUAGUUUGUGCUCAUGUUCAGAUCGAAUUAAAAAAAAAAAUCGUAAAAAAAACCCCAAAAAUUUUCGAAAAUUUCAAAAUCAAGUGUUUUACUAAAUUUUCGAUUUAAAAUAUGAAUAUGAAUUAUUUUCAGAUGCCAUAUGAAUCCGAUUAUUCCGAUGAUGGCACCAACAAAAUGGGUGGCAUGGCUCAGACAUUUGGCCAAACCCAACGUCCGUCUUCCAUGCCAAUGAUGAGCAUGCCAACUGCUCCUGGUAUGAAUAUGAACCAGAUGCAGAUGCCGAUGGGGAGCAUGCCGCAGAUGAGUCAGAUGCCAAUGUCUUCAAUGACUGCCAUGUCCUAUCCGAUGCCGAUGCAGCCACAGCAGAUGGGCAUGAUGCCAUCGAUGGCACAGGGUGGUGGUCACCAGGGCAGCCAUAUGACAAUGUCGCCACUCUCAAUGCCAACCAUGUCGCAGAUACCACCUGGAGCCGUAACGCCAUUGGCCAGCACCACAAUGAUGCCCGUGAUGGGUGGCAUCGAUGGGGCCGGUAUGAAUGUUGUUGUGCCCGAUCUGCAGCCACUAUCGUCUAUGGCUCAAAUGGGUACAAAUAACCAAAUGUCGCCGAUGUCCCCAAUGCCACAAAUUCCACAAAUGCAGCAGCAACAGCAACAUGGUGGUAGAUUAACAGGCGGUUCAAGUGCGGGCACCGCUAAUUGGAUGAGUUACGGCAAUGCUGCCAACGGAUCUCAAAUGAUGCCCGGCAAUAUGUGGAACUAUACUCAAAACUAUUCGAACAUGCAGAGUAGUGUACCCCAGCCACAGCAGCAACAACCGCAACAACAGCGCAUGAAAUCACAGUACGAUUACGCCACUAACUCCAGCAGCUACAGGGAGGCUCGCAACGGUUUAAACUCCCCAUCGAUGCACGACUCUAUGAGGCUCUCAAGGAAUGGCAGUGAUGGAAAAAAAGUUCCACAUUGGCGUUAAAUUGAGUUCCACAAAUCUAAGAUUUGUUUUUGUUUCGCUCUUUUUUUCUUUGAAUCGUCCGAAUUACUUGUAAAUAAAAAAAUGAAUAAAAUUUCCAAAACUAAAUUUCAA